AUGUUGCUUGAGGAGCAGCAAGCUCUUCGUUCGUUGAGCGUAGUAGACGAUUCCCCUCUGCAGCAAGGCAUUCCGCUUCCAACUGAGGUCCUAGCUGACGUCUUCAGCUUAUGCGACCGUCAUGACCUUGCUUCGCUUUGCAUGAGCUGUAAACGCCUCAGUGCCAUUGCAGAACGAGAACUCUACAAGUCGUUGACUAUCCCGUGCUUGGACCGUGGCGAACGGCUGAAUUCGCUCGAGUUGGUAUCUCGGUCGCUGUUCAAUGGGCAGGACAACGACCUAAGACUCGGGUACGUGAAAGAGCUGACGGUCAAUGGUUUAAGCUGCAAAUUCCUAUACGCCUCUAGCGACUUUCUAGGCUCAACCUACCUCGAGGGCAUACAACUUCUUCUUUCCCACGUACACUCUCUGACAGCCCUCACCAUCGUGUUCUCAACAAACGACGUAGCCCAUUACGACCUCCAGAUUCACCCGACCCUACUUCUCACUUCCAUCGGUCCUGAUAUCAUCCCCCGACUAUCAAAUUAUCCAUACAUCACCUCCCACCCGGCUCCCACAUUCUCGAAUCUCCGCUCUUUCACCUUCGACACACAAUUCAUCGACAACACCAUUGUGUGUUCCUUUCUCAGCAGACAUCCAACCUUGGAACAUGUCAGCAUCGGGAACGGUGUCACGAAGCGUACAAUAAUCGGACCUACGUCUCUUCCUGCGAGAGGAUACUGUAGCGAGAGGAUUGUGCUCCCUCGUCUGAAAAGCUUCACGGGUCCAGAGAGAUAUUUUAGAUGUUUGAGCGCUAGCGCCACCGCCACAUAUCCUGACUGUAUGACGGCGUCAAGUACGACCACGCCCAUUGCACCUGGUUUGAAGGAGGCAAGAAUCACUUGGGAGCAUCUAUCCGAUUUCACACUUGCGCUCCAACCCAUCAUCGCUUCCCAUUCCAAAAUCCAUCCCGAUCCUCAUUCUGUCGCCUACUCAAACGGGUACAAGUUUGGAGGCAGGGAAGAGGAAAAGAUAUCGUUCCUCAAGUGCACGCGCCCGGGGUCAAACAUCGAUUUGAUACAGUACAUCGCCGAAUGUAUGCCGUGGCUAAGGAAGCUCCAGGUCAUGACGUUCAUGGGGCACCGAAUCGACAGUAUGUUCGAUGUUGUCACACAGGAGAAGAUGCUAUCUAUCGCUGAUGCCGUUGUGCGCUUCCCGCACCUCGAACAGUUCGAGUACUUCAACUGGGUCUCCGUCCUCGUCAUCGGACCAGCCCAUUGUCAUAGACUGGGCAAGGUGUUCAUGGAACGCAUCGGGACCGAGAAGAAGCUGGCCUUGAGGAGAUUCGGGACGGAAUGGGUGCGCGCGGAAGCUUCAAAAGGUAAACCAGCAGGGUGGAAGCCGGAGAUGUGGGGAUUGCUGUGA